CAGGACGAAGAAAGCUGUUGCACAAAUUCCAUUUACUUUUGAUAUCGUGGAUCAUUUCCAGCUUUCUGUUUAAUAUUAACUAUGCGUGGAUGAAACCCGAUUAAAGAUUCACGUAGUGCGCCUUUUAAGCCCGCCUGUGCCAGCUUCUACCCCGUGCCUCACGCCGAUCGGUUUCAGCACUUCUUCCACAGAUCAUGUCUUCAGUCAAGAUUGAGUGUGUGGUGAAUGAGAGAUAUAAGAUUGGGGAAAGCCCAGUAUGGGAAGAGAAGGACCAGACAUUAGUUUAUGUUGAUAUUUCGGGACAGAAGGUGUGCCGCUGGAACCCAGUCACAAAGCAGAUACAGACUCUGAAUACUGAUGCAUUUGUUGGGUCAGUUGUCCCUCGCAGAUCUGGAGGCUACGUAAUUGGUGUUGGAACUCGAUUUGCUGUAGUGGACUGGGAAAAGCAGACUGUCACCACUGUUGCACAUGUGGACCAGGAGAAAUCUAACACUAGGUUUAAUGAUGGAAAGGUUGACCCUGCAGGAAGAUAUUUUUCUGGAACCAUGGCUUUUGAGAUUCGGCCUGCAGAAGUGGAGAGAAAACAGGGUUCUGUCUAUACAUUAUAUCCAGAUUUUUCUGUAGUGAAACACUUUGACCAAGUAGAUAUAUCGAAUGGACUGGAUUGGUCGUUGGAUCAUAAAACAUUUUAUUAUAUAGACAGUCUCUCUUUCAGAGUGGAUGCUUUUGACUAUGACCUUCAGUCAGGCAAUAUUUCCAAUCGAAGAGUUCUUUAUAAACUUGAAAAAGAUGAAGGCAUUCCUGAUGGAAUGUGUGUAGAUUCUGAAGGCAAGCUCUGGGUUGCUUGCUACAAUGGAGGAAGAGUCAUCAGGAUUGAUCCAACAACAGGUAAAAGGAUUCAAACUGUUAAACUACCAGUGGACACAACAACUUCAUGUUGUUUUGGUGGAAAAGACUAUUCAGAGUUGUAUGUGACUUCUGCAUGUGGAGGGAUGGAUGAAGCUGCCUUGGCAAGUAAGCCACAGUCUGGGUCCAUUUUUAAGGUUACUGGAUUGGGUAUUAAAGGAAUUCCACCAAACUCAUUUGCUGGAUAAAUUUGGAGGUGUCUUUGUAUACAUAAACAAAAAUGUAAACAAAUAUUUCCUUUUUCUUGUAAUGUAAAAUCAAAUACAAAGCAAACCUAAACUGAAGAAAGCUAUCUGUGUAACAUCUCUAAUGAUAACUCUUUCAUAUAACAAGCCAUAUGUACUGGGUGCUACUGACAAAAGUUGGGUACAGCAUACGCAACACAGUAAAGCUUAGCAAUUUUAGCUGUUGUCUCAUUUGUUUAAGGAUUAGAAAAGACACAUUUUAAUCACAGAAUGCAAGUUCAAAGGAUUGGGACUGUGAGAAAAUUGUGAGUAAAAUGUUACAUUUUUAGCUGCUUUUAUAAUAAUCUUACUUCAUGUAUAUACUGACAACUGAAAGCACCACAGAUUACAAUAAAAUACACUGUAAAACUCACACACAAUAACAGCAUUGUGUCCCAACUUUGAAUUUCUAGUAUCUUUUGGAUAAUAAAAUACAUUGACUAGUAUAGUUAGCAGGAAUAUGCUGUAGUAAACAUAUUUUAAAGAAAGCAUUUAGGGAAAUUGUUCUAUGAAACAGGUGAAAGUGUUUUUAGAUUCUUUUUUUACAAUCAUAAUGUACAUCAUGUACAAAAAAAUGAUACAUCAGAAUAAGAAAGCACUUGUUAAUAAGCUUUUAAUAUGUAAUUAAUGAAGCUGAGAAAUGUAUCCCUAGUGAGACUGUGAAGCAAAUCCUUAUUUUUAGUCCUCCUCCUCAAAAAAAAAGGAGAAAUACAAUUCUAGAAAUCAAUGUUAAUAAACUAAUUUUGCAAAAUGAGUUGCCUGAAAUCUUCUGGAUUAUAAUUUAUUUGCAGUUUACCAUGAUUUUCCCUAUUUACAGCACAAAUCCAAUACUAAUGUCAAAGUUUAGGAAAAAUGUUUACCAGUAGAUGUGGCAAGAUAUUGGCACUCAGUAUGUUGUCUUGACCAAUAAAUGCUGCUUUGAA